CGAUAUUUAACAGGAAGUUGUCUACGUCAGAGUAUAUAUUUUUCUUAGUUUUGUGAUAAGUUCUCCAUAUAUGACGGCAACAUAGAACGUAGCAGGAGGUGCCAUAAGGGAAAAUGGACAACGCAAUGAGUUAUUCAUUAAUGAAAGCUGGUUACGACGAAAGCGGGUUUAAUUCAUGGAUUUUGAAUUUUCCAACGCAAUGGAGAAAAUAUACCUCAUCACGGGAAGUACCAUACAGAGAAGGUCUGCGACAUUUCUGUAAACUUUAUGCUGGUUAUCAAUUGUACAGAAAAAAGAUUGAAGCAGCCAUUGCAGAGAAGAAAUCUGAUAUUGAUCAAAUAUAUUAUCUAUGUGAAGUGGGGGAUGGAAACUUUGAUGAUCUCAUUCUGAAAAAUACACCAUCACAAGAUUUAUAUAUACAACAGGGAAUUACAUCAGAUGAACUUCAAAGGACACUUUUUGAAAAAAUGAACAGUUGUUUGGUUGAAAAGAACAAGAUAGUGGAGUUAUCCGAAGAACUUGCAAAUGUUAAUGGAAAACCCACUUCCGUUAAAUUAAGGAAAUGGCUUCAUUUAGACUUAAAAGUAAGAAUGCAAAUUAAGAAUGAUCCAGUGAAUGCUUUACCAUUUUUCCUCGACAGCCUAUACGACACAGCCGUUGAAUAUCAAAGGAUAUCGAAAGAAAAUGUUACUUUAAAAGAGGAACACAGGAAAAUGAAAAGCUUAGAAGAUAUAUUCGAAAAAUUGAAGCAGAAAAAUGUUGAACUCCAAGAACAACGUGCAAAAGAAUGCGAUGAACUACUUUGUGUUAAAACACAAUUGGAUAAGGUAAAACAAGAAGCAGACCAUUUCUGGAAAGAAAAGGAAGCUUAUUGGAGGGAAUUGAAAGCAAAUGACUGUUCAGCUCUAAAACAUCAGUUAGCAGUGGAGAGGACGAAGGUUUCAGAACUUACCAAUAAAUAUCAAGACCUUUUAAAAGAGAAAGAAAAAUUACUAACAAGACUAAGCGAGGUUGCAGGGUCCAAGCUGACGAGUAAUAACCCUGCCAUUACGGACCUCAGUGACGAAAAUCGUCCACUUAAACUGGCCGAGAAAUUCAGUCAGUUGUACGACGACGACUGGACGGACUCCCUAGAAGAAAUAACAAGUUUUGAAGUAGAUGAAAAAGCUGCUAUCAGCUUUCUUCAGCGUUUAGUUAUGACUGCUUUUCAUUUGUGCUCAAGAUCACAAACAAUACUUGUUAACGCAGAGGGCUGUUGGAAUCUUCGUUGGUGUGAUAUUGUCAAAUUGGAAGUUUUGCAUGAAAUACAAUUACCAGAUGCAGCAAAAUUGGAUGUUGAUCGAGCCGUCAAAAGAUCUAGUCAUGGUGUACAAAAAGACCUUAUCUUCAGAACGCAGAAGAGAUUUCGCUACAUUUUGGCAGAUAUGUUACGAGUCACCACAAAUGAAAAAGCUUACUGUCAAAUGGCACCAGUAGAUCGUCAAUCAGAACAGUUGGAAUCAGACAAGAAGGAAAGUAAAGAUGAACAAAAGAAGCAUAAGGUCAAUAGAGAUUUUAACAUUCCAGCAGAACACAAUGUCUUGAAACCCAAAUUCAAGAGAUCUUUUUCUACUGGAUGUAGUGUGGUAGAUUGUAAUAACACGUACAGUAAAGGUGUGAUACCAGGGAAAGAAAAGCAAACUGCACGCAGCCGUCACGACAAAUACAGAAAUAGAUUAGCUGAUUCGGCACGAGGAGACUUUUUAAGACCCCGUUACGAAGAUUAUGUUCGAGAGGGUUUCUUGCUUGACAAGGAUAGCAUUGAAAAGUUGUACUUGGAGCCAAGCCACGUGAUAGAGCGAUUCCCCAAGACAACUCAGUUUGCUGACCACUGUAUAGAAUUAUGUUGGUUGAUGCAGUCAACACAGCCGCCUGUACAUCUUAGUGUCGAUAUUCCUGAGAGCAGAGAACUAAAACAUGAAACAUUCAAAGCAUAUACGAAAUCCGGACACAUCAUUGACUAUGUAGUGUGGCCUGCGAUGUACCUACACAAAGAGGGACCAUUGCUGUCCAAAGGCGUCGCCCAACCAUUGUAAAACUACAGUACUUGAUAAGCUCUAAAUUAUUUUUUGUUUAUCAUUAUUGAUAUUUUUCUCGUAUGCAUAUCAUUUGUUUUAUGCGCCAUGAGAGUCUAAUUUUUGAACACUUUUAUUUUUUUACCAAAUGACUAAAGACAAGUUUAUGAAUGGAGUCGGUAAAGUAUUUUAUUUACUUUACACUUAUUUUGUUACAUAUUCACCUGUUAAAUACUGAAGUUUAUUUAUUGAUAUUUCAAAUGUGCAUAAUAAAUUGUUUAUUUAAAAUAAUUAAGUGUGUUAUAGUCAUAUUCAGAUUUUGCCAAAGCCUAUCUAUCAGAAUAUCGCAAUUUCGAAUGAAUCCUUUCUGCACAUAGUGUGGCUCAAGCUUAAGUUUUCAACAAUGGUUUCUAGAUUUAUUAAAAAUUUUCAUCUGAAAUCAAAUGAUUUUAUAAUGGUGGCAUAAACUUAUCUUAAAAAUAAC